AUGAUACUGGCAGAGACGCUGGACGGCAAUGUGAACCCGAUCACCGGCGAUAUCACGAUCACAGCUGGCCUACUACAUCUCGCCAAUUCGGACUAUAUGAUAGCCAUCAUACUCGCGCACGAGAUCGCCCAUGUGAUCACCGGCCAUCUUCUUGAAAGAGUGUGGGAAAUGGCCUUGCUGUCCCGACUUCUGUUGCCAGUCGCACCCCUGAUUCUGUCCGGUGCUGUGCUAGCGGGCACUGGACUCCUCGCUGCCGUGAUUCCAAUCGGCCUUCUCGGACUGGAGAUCUUCGCCGCCGUUUUACUCGCAGUACCAGGAGUUGCACUCAUGUCCCCAGCAGUCGUUGCAAUGCUCGCGGUAUUAGGUGCUUCACGCGUGCGAGAACAAGAGGCAGAUUUCGUGGGUCUGCUUCUAGCAACGCAAGCGGGAUUCAAUCCUGGGGUGGCUAUCAGGCUCUGGGCGGAGAUGGGUUUGAGGAUGGAGAAAUACCUUAAGGAGUUACAGGUGAAAGUCGGCAAAAAUGUAUUUGGCAGGGAGAGGGUGAGGCAGGUCGAUAAGUGGGCGGCUACGCAUCCUUUGCCAGCGUACAGAGUCGAUCAGCUACGGAAGGCAGUCCCAAUCGCGCGAGAUAUUGUGCGCUUGGCUGGCGACCCGCGGCUGGCGGACUAUGCUAGUAAAAAUUCUUCGGACACCAGUCAUGCGACUGCUUUGAGGUGGUGUGCCUUCCUUGAUGGAAAUCAUGCAAAUGCGUCGACAGUCGGUGCACAAUAG